CGUUGAUUUAGUUGCUCAGGAGAGCUAUGCUGAUUGGUUGAAAGAGUGCGAUACGUCAGUCGCUCCCGCGGAAGUACCGAGGGUUAUGCUGCAUCGAUCACAGCUGGUGACAGAGACGUUUACCUGUAAAUACAAGUACAACAAUGAGCUGAGGCUCCCCAAACCCGACUUUCUCAAUGAUGAACGACAAACUGGUGUUCCUGGGUCUCCUUUAUUUCAUCCAGGGCAUUCCGUAUGGCCUGCAGUCUUCUUUGCUCCCAGUGUACCUGCGUGGUGCUGGCCACUCCCUCACCAACAUCAGCCUCACCAAAAUCCUCUAUUUCCCCUGGGUGCUCAAGGUGUUCUGGGCCCCUCUGGUGGAUCGAACUGGCACCAAGCGCUGCUGGUUAGUGGGCACAGUGGCUGGUCUGGCCCUCACCUGUUUGGUAAGCGCUACCAUCUCACCUGAUGUUCAGUACAUUGGCGUAGCGGGCUCCCUGCUCGCUAUGAACCUGCUGGCAUCAGUGCAGGACAUUGCGGCGGACGGGGCGGCCGUGCGGCUACUCAGGGGUCAGGGGGAGCUGGGUCUAGGAAACACUGUGCAGGUGGUGGGGUAUAAAGCUGGGUCUGUCUUUGCUGGAGGGGGGCUCCUGGCUGUGAUUGAUGUUGCAGGCUGGGGGUGGAUGUUCACCCUGCUUGCGUGCGUGUACGGUGGUGUUGCUCUGUUCGUGUGGGGUGCCCCGGUGUUGGAUGGAGAGUCUCAGCGGGGACAGGGAGAAGGACGUAGAGGGUCAAAGGAUGUGAUGCAGCCAUGGAAGGUGUGGAGGAAGCUCUUGUCUGUGCCAGGAACGCCAUGGACAAUGUUCUACGUUCUCACUUACAAACUAGGUGAACAGGGGGCCGUCACCAUGUUUCCUCUCUUCCUGCUGGACCACCACAUGACAGCCAGAGAGCUCGGGCUGUGGAACGGGGUGGUUGCCAUGGCGUUUUCCAUCUGUGGCUCAUCAAUCGGGGGCUUCUUGCUCUCUCAGUACAGUAUUGGCUUGCUGAUGAGACGUGUGUUUAUGAUGCGGACUGUCAGUAUGGUCUUCCAGAGCUCACUUCUCAUAGUGCUGGAGCCCUCGGUCUUGAUGAAAGGUAUGGCAGUGUUGAGUCUGAGUUUGCAGCAUUUCAUAGCUGGUCUCAUCACCACUCUGACUUUCACCACAAUGAUGAACUGCACACAGAGAGCUGAGGAGAGCAUACAGGCCACCCACUACAGUUUUCUGGCCACUCUGGAGGUCCUGGGGAAACUGAGUUUUAGUGCCCUGGCUGGAGGUAUGGUGGACACUGUGGGCUUUCCCAUAGCCUUCAUCCUUUUCCUCUUCCUCACCUCCAGCAGUGCCCUGCACGUGUGGAGGGCCACAGAGACUGGCAUCCUGAAGGAGCAGCUCAAAGAGCAGCCACAGUGACCAGAGUUAGCUUUGAGAGACAGUGUGUGUGUAUGGCUAAGUGAAAGAGAGGGAAAUUGAAUCUUAUGCUUUGCAUAAGAUAUUGGUGACCAAAUAGCCAGUGAAAUUACUGUUGUUUUUAUUAGUUUUUAUUUAUAACUCAACCAGCAUUGAUGUUACAAGAGCCACACAAGCACUCUCACUGAAAGCCAGUACCUCUCUGAGAAACACUGCAAACUCUUAACAGCUACAGUAAACUAGCUUUAAAGAUACUUUCUAUUCAACAAGCCAUCCUCAAUGGCAAGCAGACUGAGCUAUGGCAACACUGAAUAUGUCAUCUAGUCUGCUUGAAGGACAGCAGUCAGUCAUUUAAAAAAGAAUCAAUAACAAAAUAUGGAUAAUCUAUUAUGUUUGAUAUAAUGGACAUUGACAACUGUAUUAUUCAACACAAUUUUACUGAUUAUAAAAAUUAAUCGUUUUUUAAGGGUCUAGUCUAGUGUGGUUUAGUUACACACACCCCUGCUCAUUUAAACAUAUCUUUAUAUACAGCAUGUAUUCACCUUAGAAAUGCCUUUAGUUUUUAAUCUGAUGCCUUUUGACACCUUAGAUAUAUUUGCAGCAAAUUCCAUCAGCUUUUUGACCAAUCAGUAACAUGCUACAUUUUAAGGACUUGACUUUGGAACCAUGUAUAUUUGGGAGCAGUAUGAACACUGAAUUGUGGUACUAUGUCCAUUUUUCUAUUCUCAAUGCAAUACUUGUAUUAAAGGGGUCAUAUCAUUGGAAAAUGAAUAUUUAUAUAGAGUUACAUAUAAGUUAAGUGUAUUAAGAAAAAGCUUUGUACCUUUUGACAGUAUUGUCCUUCCAACCCAGACUCCUAUUUGGUGUUCAGCAACCAAAAAAUAUUAACUUAACUCCAAAUGAAUUAAUGAAAAGAGUGAAAUGAGUUAAGAACCGUAUGCUGUUCCUGUUUGUGGAGCAAAUGAAAAUCCUCAUCCUUCCUAGAAUUAUUAGGAAAUGUAAGGAAAGAGUGGCCCAGCCACAAACAUGAGCCAACUACUUCUCAUUUCACAUCAACAUGGUGUUUACAUUUGCACGUCUUUUUCAGAAAGAGUCAUAAAAAGAGUACAAAGUGGUCAUGACAAACUAUUUGACACCGAAAACUUGACUGACGUUGUAGGUGGACCUCAGGGAAAAAAUAUUUGAAAAGUAUGAUAUGACCCCUUUAAUGUCUGUUAGAUACUGUACAUUGUAACAGUUCAACUCAUGCAGCUCAUUUUUUGAGCCAAUACAUGUAUUUGUUUGAAAUGUUUGUUUUUUGUAUAAUGAGUUGUCUGCAUUUCCUAUGCAAUAACAUAAAUGUAUUCAUGGUUAUUACAUGCAACUUUGCUUCUCAUAUAUAUAAAAAUAAAGCUUUGUUUAAAUAGCCUUACGUUUAUUUUAUUUUAUAUAACUUACUGCAGAGCCAAAACUUGGCGAUGUAGUUCAAGACUAUGUAGGGACACAUGUGGGAUUUGCCAUAACUAAUGUGUUUAGGAUGCCAUGAAACUAUAAUUAUUUAUAAAAAUGUCAGUUUUGGAUUGGAAUUAAAUUGCUACAAAAAAAAAAAAAAUUCAUCAAAUGAAACUGCAACUAUAUAGCACAGCAUAUGUUUUUUAUUCCAGUUGAAAGCAGAAAAAAAGUACUUCAUGCACUGUAUAGUGUAAUUUUGCUUUUGGUUUCAUAAUUUUUUAUUAUUAUUAUUGUAUUUUCUGUUUUGUUUUUUAAAUUGCAUUUGUUUUCUUGGAGAAAUGGCAACAGACAAUCCCAAUUAAAUACAACAUUUUAAAAAUGGUUAAAAACUCAUGAAUGGAAAAGUUAUGGCCAAAUGAUUUAUUAAUUAUUAUUAUUAAUAAUAAUAAUAGCAAAGCUCUAAACGAGAACCAUUUUUGGAAUUUGAGCUUGGACUACAGGAGACUCAAAGAGAGAAGGAGAAAUAAAAGCUAUUAAUGAA